UUGCAAUCCCUUUCCUUCCCUCUUGUAUUGCAGUUUUCGCAAUUUGAUCAGCUAUCUUGCUUCUCAUUUUACUAUUCCAACAAAAACAAAAAAAGCUGAAAAAAUCAUGACUGAUCCGAUGAGCAUUCCAGUUGUGGGACCAAUUUUGGAGAAAAUAUCCAGUAUGAUCGUAGCAGCGUUGUUUAGCCAUUUAAACUAUGUCUUUUGCUCCAAGUCUCUUGUUGAAGAUCUCAAAUCUGAAAAUGAAAAACUUGAGAUUGUGGAGAAUCGGAUGUCCAGAAAAGCAGAAGAAGAAAGUAACAACGGCAGAAUACUGGAGAAGCAUGUGGUGGACUGGAAAAAAGAAGCCAGAGAAAACCAGGAGAGUGUCAAAAGCUGUUUGGAAAAAUACGAUAACCGUCCUUCUGGGAGGUGCUUCGGGUUUCUCCCAAUUCCUCAUCCCUUGUCCCGUUACAGAUUAGGCAAGGAGGCGGAAAAGAUGGCCAAGAUAACAACUAGCCUCACUACUUCUGGAGAUCGCCACCUGGCCAACCCAAUUGCAUAUCUCCCACUGGAUAUGAAUGCGCCAGAAACUGAAUUUCAUGAAUUCAAAUCUAGAGAAGAGGCUUAUCAAAAGCUGGAAGGGCUGGUCACCGAUGAUAGUUCUUCAAUUCUUGGGAUUAACGGGAUUGCAGGAGCCGGGAAGACUCGAUUAAUGGAGCGAAUCACUACAGAAGCUGGUAAGAAGGGAACCUUUCACAAGUUCGUACGAGCCAAUGUGGGGAACGGCAAGUUGGAUGUGAUAGGCAUACAACAACAGCUUGCAGGGAACCUAGGUUGCGAUUUUAAAUCUACAACUGAUUCAGGACUGCGGGCGAAUCAGCUGAGAUCUAGUUUAAGGCAGGGAGGUAAGGUACUUGUCAUAUUGGAUGACGUAUGGCGUGUGAUUCCCUUAGAGACUAUUGGAAUUUUGUCUGCAGACGGUAUGAGUUCCAUAGGCGGUAAGAUUCUUUUCACUUCACGGAGUGAGGAGGUAUGCAAGCUCAACAAAUGCGAGCAACCAGUCAAACUAAAACCUCUUACAUUUGCCGAAACAUGGGAUAUGUUCAGCAAAACAGUUGGUGCUGAUACAAUCGACUCUCUGCAGAAUAUAUCCGUUGCCAAGGACAUCUGUAAGAGAUGCGGGGGUCUACCACUCGUCAUUCUUGCUCUUGGUAACGCCCUCAAAUAUAAGCCUCUUGAUUCAUGGAAGGAUGCACGCAAUCAACUUAAAAAUUCCAAAAUUGAAGGAGUUUCUGGAAUACGUGAAGACGUGGACGUGUAUGCGUGUUUAAAGUUGAGUUUUGAUCACUUGGAGAAGGAUGCAAAGGCAUGUCUCUUGUUGUCUUCUAUGUACCCUGAAGAUGCUGAUAUUCCUAUUAGGGAGCUGGUUCAGUUAACAAGAGGCUCCGAGCAGCUUGUAGGCUCCCAGCUUAUGAAGGGUGAUGAAAUAAGAACAAGAGUACAUUCAAUGAUAUAUAUACUCAAGUCAGCCUCUUUGUUGCUUCAAGGGUUGAAUAGUGAACAUAUCAAGCUACACGAUAUCAUAAGGGACAUGGCAAGAUCCAUUGCUAUCAAAGACCAUGGAUUCUUAUUCGCAACAACAAGUGGGUCGUUGCCCAAUAACCCAGCUGAGUACUCCGCUCUGAAAGUUCUGCAUAUAGAUGUAGAGGAGACUCAUUCAGGUUUUCCUAGUAAUGUUGCGUGCCCAGACCUGCAUACAUUGUCGCUACGUUCAUCUACAUAUAGAGACCCAACAACAUUGCAGGGAUGGAUCAGUCAAAUUCAAGUAUUUGCAAACCUCAGGUUCUUGGUGCUUGUGGAGUUUAGUUGGCCGGAGAAGUGCUCUCUGGAAUCCUUGGACAACCUUAAAACCCUUUGGUUCGUCAACUGUAACCUUUUCUGCUUUGGGGAGAGGGAAGCUAAAUUUCUUCCGGAAAAACUAGAAGACCUUUGUUGUUGGGAUUGUGAUAUUCCAAAACAGCUAAAUUUACCCGAACUAAACCAUCUUCGCAAAUUAGAGAUCUAUAUCAAUACGAGAUCUUGGUUGUGGGCACGUGGAAUCAAUGUGGAGCAAAAUACCAUAUCAAGACUGUCCAGUCUAGAAGAAUUGAGUUUGCCAUCUAAAUUCUACAUCAAUAAAGAAGGUGCAAAAGAUGGAUCAUUGCCGAUAUUAGACGAGGUUAGUGAAUUGCCAUGUUUGACAAAUUUACAUAUUCGUUCCCAAGAAUCCAAGUCAAGUAAACUUGCAACUACAUUUCUCAACUUGCGUGAAUUCCAUUUGUUUGUUGGUGAUGAGUUACCGCGUAAAUGGUCCACGAAAGUGUCACCAGUGACCAAGUCAAUUAAGUUGUCCAGCUAUGCUGCCAUAGAAGGCUACCGGACUCUUAUUGACAAGGCUGAAGAGGUGAUAUUGUCUCGUGCUUAUAUCACAGGGAAUAGCAUCUGUAAUAGAAACACCCAAGAAUUUAUCAACUUGAGGUACAUGAAGAUUAAAGCUUGCCAUGCCAUUGAGUAUUUAGCUAGGAUUUCACCAGGCGAUAAGAUCCAGGAAAGUCUUCACCAGUCAAUACCUUUUUCUAACCUUAUCAAAUUGAAAAUCAAAAGUUGUUACAGCCUGAAAUACCUCUUCUGCGAUUCUUUUGGAAGAUGUCUCCACCAACUGAAAGAGCUCGAGAUAGUAAGUUGUCCUGAAAUUGAACAAGUCGUGCUCGGGGAAGGCGCAAGUGAUGGAAAUAUCAUUCACAUGUCCAAAUUAAAAAUAAUGAUCUUAACUGAUUUGCCAAGACUCUUGCAUUUUUACAAGGACGCCCGUCAAAAUCAACCUCUCUUUAAUCAAAUGGUUGAAUUCCCAUCAUUGGAAGAGUUGGUUAUUCGUGGGUUGUCAGAUAUAACUGACAUAUGGGGAGAUAAUAAAAUUUAUGAGAAUACGUCCUCCUUUUCCCAACUGAAGAUCCUGACUGUAAGAGGCUGUAAUAAGCUUAAAAAUGUGAUCCCACCUUCCAUGUUGCGUGGUGCACUCACUUCAGAAGUUGACACUCUUGGAAGCAACACAGAUUCAUUCACUGGCAGAGCUUCCCAAGGACAUGUCAAGGCCAUGCUUUCUCAUAAUCCAAAAAAAAAAUUACAAAUCCUUUUAAAGAAAAUUGUACGUGUGUCGAGAUAUGUAUGCAGGAAGACCCCGACAAUAACAGAAGAAAAUUUGAAUGAUCCCUAUGAUAUUUCGGUUCAAGUUCCGCCACAGAACACAAGGGUUUGUCCACUGGUUCAAAUGACUUUACAGGUGUUGCCUUGUUUGGAAAAGACGGGGUUGAAUUUUGAAGACCAAUCUGGAGCAGUGAGUUUGUACCCCAAUCUUAAGCGGUUAGAUAUAUAUGAAUGUGAUAGAUUGGAGAACGUGUUCAUACCUUUUAAUGACACGCAUUGUAUGAACCUUGAGGAAAUGUCCGUAGCUAAUUGCAUUAAGAUGUGUGAGAUAAUUGGGGCAGGUAAACAAAAAUAUUCCAGUGGCAUUGUGUUCCAUAAGUUACGUUCUCUUACACUAAGAGACUUGCUACGUUUGACCAGUUUUUGGGGAUGCCGGAGUGGGGAAGCUAACCACUACAAGGUUGAAUUCCCAAACUUGAAGACGCUUCACCUCCAUUGUGGAGAAAAUCCUAGCUUACUGGAAAUGAUAGAGUCAGGUAGAGAUGAUUCUACUUUUCAGCUGGAGAACUUAGCAAUAAGUUGUGGUAAGGAGAUAAAAAUUCCUAAGCAAUGGCUACUUCAAUUAGAUAAUCUGGAAAGCUUGUCACUGCAUCGCUGUUGGUCAGAUGAGCUGAAAUCUCUACGUUUCCAGAGAUUGAAGAAACUCACACUUGGUCAACUUAGUUGCUUCACUGUUUUCUCAUUCCCAGACUUUGAAAGACUUCAACAGCUCAGAGAAUUACGAAUAGCACAUUGUGAUUCAUUGGAACAUAUCGUGGAGGUUGUUAAUGGUGAAGAAGCUUCUGGCAUGGAUACGGAGACUGCUGCACUAGUUCAGCUGGUAAAAGUCUAUCUUGAGGGUUUGCCAAAACUCAGAAGUUUUACACACACAAAGUCUAAGAAUCUUAUGGCCAGUUUAGAGCAGGUGGAAGUGGAGCCCUCGAUUCUUUUCAGGUGCCCUGUCGUUGGAAAUCUCCAACAGCUCAGAUGGUUAGACGUGACUGAUUGCAGAUUGUUGGAAGGCAUUGUGGAGGUUGCAAGAGGCUAUCAGACUUCUCACAGGAAUGACCACAUUAUCACAUUCCCUCAGCUCUAUUCCAUUAAACUUAGAAAUUUGCCCAACCUCCAAAAUUUCAGUCCCACUAAAAGCUAUAGUUUCAAGAUGCCCAAAUUAACAGGUUUCGGUCUGUUCUAUUGUCCCCGGAUGGAGAAUAAACCCUUCAUGCAAAUAAUCGCAGAAAGGGUACAUUUUUCUUCCGAGGAGCGUCGACGACUGAUAAUAGUUGAAAACCUCAAGGACUACACACUUAGAAAAAUAAACAAGCUCGAAAGCGUGGGGGAAUCAAGUAACAGCAAUCAGGAUGUGGAAACAGAAACAAUGAGAGUUGAACAAGCGGAAGCCAUAGUUGUUCAACAACGGGAAGAGGGAGUUGGUGCAGAAGAAGACGACUUUUUCUUCUUAAGAAAGUCUCAGACUUCAUUGUUUUUCAUUUUGUUUUUGUUUUUGGUUUUGGUUUUGUGUUUGAAGGAGGUCUGAGCGUCUGACACUGAAUUGUAAGUUGUGAAAAGCGACAACUGAGGAUGCGGGCUGAUUGGAGGCCCAGUUCCAGUAAUACAAUUUCAGGUCCAAUAUCUAUGGCCUGCAUAAUUUUUAA